AUGAAACUCCUAACCCUCAACUUCCUCACCUGCGCCAUCAAAACCUGCAAAACGAACCCAGCGUCUUUCCCCCUGCACCCCCGCGAUGCGGAGCUGGAAAUCGUAGAAGCAGAUGUCAACUUACCUUUUUUGAAGAACAUACUACCGAGACUCAUGUGGGAGCAAUUGCGGGCGAUAUGUAUGGAGCUCGGCCUCCCCAAACUCCCCGAAACACCACCUACACCCGCCGAUCUCGUCGAGCCAUCAUCCGCUACGGCACUAGAUACCCAAGAUGCGUCGGCGCAAACAGACGAAGAACCUAGUCAGACGGCAAAAGACCUACAUAGGAUACUGCUUGAGACGUGUAUACAAGAGGGUAAACUGGUUUGUGGGGCGUGUGAGCAUGAGUAUGCGGUCAAGGAGGGUGUAGCGAAUUUCUUGCUGCCGGGGCAUUUGGUAUGA